AUGAAAAGACAAAAUGUACGUACCUUGUCUUUAGUUGUUUGCACCUUUACUUAUUUACUGAUAGGAGCAGCUGUAUUUGAUGCUUUAGAAUCAAAGGAAGAAGAAAGGCGAGAUGGGUUGCUUAAAGUAUCAUCAAAUGCACUAAAAAGAAAAUAUAACAUAUCUGAGGAAGAUUAUCGUAUGAUUGAACUAGUUAUUAUUGAAUAUAAACCACAUAAAGCAGGACCACAAUGGAAAUUUGCAGGAGCUUUUUAUUUUGCCACUGUAGUUUUGGCGAUGAUUGGUUAUGGCCACUCAACACCAGUAACUUCAGGAGGGAAAGCAUUUUGUAUAGGAUAUGCUGUGGUCGGUAUUCCCCUUGGCCUUGUUAUGUUCCAGAGCAUCGGUGAGAGGCUUAACAAGUUCGCUUCCAUCGUAAUCAGACAAAUCAAAAAGUAUUUAAGUUGCCAAAGGAUAGAAGCCACCGAAAUGAAUUUAAUGUUUGCUACUGGUAUGCUCUCUUCCAUUAUUAUCACAACUGGUGCAGCUGUUUUCUCUCGUUAUGAAGGUUGGACUUAUUUCGAUAGUUUUUACUACUGUUUUGUAACAUUAACUACUAUCGGUUUUGGAGAUUAUGUAGCAUUACAGAAUGAUAAUGCCCUUAUAGAAAGACCUGGAUAUGUUGCUCUAAGUUUAGUAUUUAUACUCUUCGGCUUGGCUGUUGUUGCUGCUAGUAUUAAUUUACUAGUUCUUCGUUUCAUGACAAUGAACGCCGAAGAUGUCAAACGGGAUGAACAAGAUCUACAGUCCUCGUCCCACCACGUUCUUACACUCGAUGGAGAUGUUAUGGCAGUAAACGGAAAACUACUUCACCCGUUGAUAGCAGAGGGAGAAAUAGAUCAAAUGUCGGUAUGUUCGUGCAAUUGCUUGGGGCUGAAUCACGGCGAAAACGAAGAGUUGCUGCUGGACGGAAGUUAUUAUCCUUCUCAUACAGUUUUAAACUCGAAUUUAAAAAUCAAAAGAGCUUCAGUGUGA